AUGACUGUCUUCCAGAGUGUUAGCCUGCAACCACCACCCCAGCAAAACAAACCAAACCAUCCACAUCCACCUCACCCUCCCACCCACCCCCCAAACUCCCAAACUCCCCAUUCCAAUCCAAGUCCAAGUCCAACAAAGAGAAGAAAAGACAAUAAAAAUGCACAAAGCCAAAGCCAAAAACAACAAGGAGCAAAGAAAGAGUAA